CUAGAUUUAGGCAGUGUAGUGCUGCUUUGGCCAGGUGGACCUGUCCUCAUACUGACACUGAACCUACAUUUGGUGCGCUUGGGACAAACAUAAGGGCAUAUCUAAAAUAAUAAAUCUCCUAAAGGUCAGCUCAUUGCAUUCAGUACAGUGGGCAUGGUGUGCUCCUAGCCACUUGUCAAAAUGCCUGGCAAGAAAGACGCUAAAAAGGACACAAAGAAGGGUGGAAAACCUGAACCAGAGAAAAAGAAGGAGGAGGACAAGAAAGGUAAAGAUGAUAAAAAGGGAGGAAAAGAUGACAAGAAAGCCGGAAAGGAUGAUAAGAAAGGUGGAAAGGAUGAUAAGAAAGGUGGAAAGGAUGAUAAGAAAGGGGGGAAGAAGGGAAAGGAGGAGCCACCCAAGGGAAAAGACGAUGGGAAGAAAGGAAAAGACAAAGGGAAAGGUAAGAAAGUGGAGUCUGAGGAGGAAGAGGAGCUGCUGAGUGAUGAGAUGGAGGAUGAAGACUUCAGUGAGGAAGAGGAUGAGGAGGACUCAGAGGAUGACAGGAGAGGGAAGGGGCGAGGAGGCAAGGGAGGUAAAGCAAAGAAAGGGGGGAAGUCUAGACAUGGGGAAGACUCUGAGGAGGAGGAUGAAGAUGAUGAAGAGGAUGAGGAUGAAGAAUUUCACAGCAAAUCCAAAAAAAAAGGUAAAGAUGACCGACAACAUAAAGAAGGGAAGUCUGACACUGAUGCAAAGAAGAAAAAAGGCAAAAAGAAAGAGGAACCUCCACAAGUUCCGGCAAGGGAAAUCCCAAAGAAAGGUCUGAAGAACAUGUCCAGGAUGUUUAUGAAGUUCUCUGGCAUCAAGAGGCGCAGGAGCAGCUUCAAGAAGCUGAAGAGUACAUCACGCUUGUUCUUAGGUUUGGGUAAGAGAAAAAGCCGACUUGCUAAGAAGAAACGCCGCAAGUCAAUAUUAAAGAAUACCUCCAAAUUCAUGAUGAAGUUUAAUGCCAGCAAAAAGAGAAAAAAGGAGAAGGAGGCCAAAGAGAAGGCAGCAUCAAAGAAUGGGAAAAAACCAACCUACAUGCUUCUUCGUCUGGGAGGAUCAUCAAAUGAGAAAAAGGGGGGCUUCUUCAAAGGUUUAUUUAAAAAAAAGGAUGGUGCUGGACCAGCUGACGAUUUCAAGAACAGCAGUGUGUUACUGGGUAAGGUUGCAGCGGCAACUAAUUGGCUGACCAAACGCUUCCUAUCCACCAAAAUGCGAGGAAAUUCAGAACAUCAAGGCUGGGGUGGUCAUAGAGCAAGCGCCCGACAAGCCAGUUCCAGACGGAAUAUCCAUGGUUAUCAUAACAGUGGUUAUGAGCAUGGAGAGGAAAUGUAUGGAUUCAACCAGCAAUUAGUCCAUCAGAAAGGUUAUGGAGGAUAUGAUGAUAGUUAUGGAGAGGAAGCAGCAGCAUAUGGAUUCCAGGAUCAGUUCGGUUACUAUGAGAAUGGGGCAGAAGGGCCUGAUUAUCAAGAUCUAGGGUACUAUGAGGAAGAGGGACUCUAUGAUGCAAAUGCAGAAUAUUAUGAAGGUGGUCUUCAUGAUGAUGGUAUGGGGGAUUACUAUAACCCUUAUUCUACUACCCAAGAAUACUAUGAUAACCAGGAGGCUGAUUUUUAUGGUUACCAGCAGUAUCCAGCUAUGUAUGGUGAUGAGGCUUUGGACUACUAUGCUCUAAUGGGUGAAGGCCAUUUGAAUGGAGGGGAAAUGGAUGGAUUUUUUAACCCUCAGGCUCAAGCUUAUUAUGGUGAAAAUGAUCAGGGAGUUUACUAUGGCGAUGCACAAAUAGGUUACUAUGACAAUGGGCAGACAGGUUAUUAUGAGAACCCUUAUUCUGCCACUAUGGGGAUGCCGGGGAGAUUUCCCACAGAUUAUCAGCUUAGCUAUAGUGAUGCUGGCAUGCUCUACCAAGACUUCAGCUCCCAGUCGACAGCUGGAUUCCCACCAGGAAGCCAGCAGGGCUUUGGCUUUACAGGACAAGGUAUUGAUCAGGUACAGGGCCUGUAUGGGGACCAGUAUGCAGGCCAGGUGAAUCAAUAUGGCAAUGAUGCUGGUGGUGUUCAGCAAGGUGACAUUACAUUUAGAGUUCCUAGACCUCAAGUGCGUCUAUUCGGGAAAGAACGUCUUGAUGUUCCCAUGCCUCCUCCACCUACAUUACCACCUGAUCCAGAAUUUGAAGACAUGUCAGACAUCCAGUAUGAAGAUCAGAUUCCUCUUGCACCAGGUCAGCUUGGACACACAAUGUCACUGCAGCAGCAAAUGUCAAUGUCACCACAACAGCAAAUGAUGAUGUCUUCACAGCCUAUGUUUCCCCCUCAAACAAUGUCUUCUCAACAACAAGCAAUGUCACCACAGCAACAGAUAAUGCUACCACAGCAGCAGAUGAUGCUACCACAGCAACAGAUAAUGCUACCACAACAGCAGAAGAUGCCACCACAGCAACAGAUGAUGUUUCAACAAGAUCAGAGUAUGUCCCCCCAGAUGAUGGCAACACAGAUUUUGCCACAGCAGCAGAUGAUGCCACAGCAAAUGAUGUCACCACAAGGGCUGAUGUCACCACAAGAGGUGAUGAUGCCACCACAAGACCAGAUGAUGCCCCAGCAAAUGAUGUCCCCACAAGGCCAGAUGAUGCCCCAGCAAAUGAUGUCCCCACAAGACCAGAUGAUGCCCCAGCAAAUGAUGUCCCUACAAGACCAGAUGAUGCCCCAGCAAAUGAUGUCCCUACAAGACCAGAUGAUGCCCCAGCAAAUGAUGUCCCUACAAGAGCAGAUGAUGCCUCAGCAAAUGAUGUCUCCUCAAGAGCAGUUGAUGUCACAGCAAAUUAUGCUUCAACAGCAGAUGUCUCCACAAAUGAUGUCAACACAGAUGAUGGCAGACCCAAUGAUGCAGCAGGGGUAUGGACCCCCUUCUAUCCCAACACCAACAGCGAUGAUUAUUAAACAAGCAAGCAUGUCUCCCCUUCCUGGACGUCGUAUGCAACCCUCACCAACUCCAUCCCACCGUUCUGUCAUCAUGCCUUCUCCACAAAUGCAACACCAUCCCAUUGUAAGAUCUUCCCCAUUAUCCUCUUCUAUGGUUGCAAAGAGGCGCAGCCCAUCCCCACAGCCAUCCAUGAGGAGUGGGUUCAUUAAUGCCCAAAGACCCCCGUCUGUUAUGUCUCGAAGGGUCUCGCCUUCUGCCUCCCCUAUGGCAUCUCCGAUUGCUCGUAGGAGAAUACAACCUCAGAGAUCAUCGUCUUCCUUGGCUCGAGGACCCUUACCCCCUCACUCUCCCCGUGCCUCCAUGAUCCGGCAUAGUCGUCCAGCCUCACCAAGAAUAUCAGUCAGGCAGCAUUCUCCACCUUCAUCCCCCCGUGUUUCCAUGAGAAGGCAAAGUCCCCCACAGUCUCCGACUCCUGCUCGGAGCCCAUUUGGAGGGGUUAGGAUGCGACGGUCACCCUCUCCUCCCAUCUCUCCUGGCCACACAUCACCUCCUCCUCUCUCUCCACGUCUCAGUAGAAGACCUUCUCCCUCUCCCUCCCCAUCUCGUCGUAGUUUAUCCCCUUCAGCACACCAACCAGCCCCAACAUCUCCCACCCUUUCUCGUCGCUCUACUCGGCUGCUGAGGGACCCCACACCAUUGGCCAGGCCCAGGAUGGGGGGAAAUGUUCCUUUAGGUACUGUAAGACCCUCCCCAAUGGGUCUCAGAGGACGGCCAGUCCCCCCACCCACCCAAAAUGUGCGUCCGUUUCGUCCCUCAUCAAUAAGAAGUAAUAGAUCUUCUGUUCUUACAAUAGACUCCUCCCUCCACUCCUCUCCUUUCCACUCUCCUCACAUGGUUCAUCGCGCUCCCCUGGGAAGGAGAGAAUCUGGCCGACUACCUCCUCGCCCCAUAGCUCGAGGACGUCCUUUCAUGACCCAGCAGUCCAUGCGAAGGAUGCCUCCUGCCUCCCCACAGCUCUCCCUUAAACAUAUGCCACACCCUGGAUCACCACGCCUAUCUCCUCGACUUUCUCGUCAGUCUUCCCCCCUCCCACCUCGUCAUGCUGUCCAUUCACCUACUCUGACACCAGAUAUGUAUAUGGUAGGUCCAGUUGCAGAUCCUUACGUUGAGCAGUCGCAUCAGUUUGCUGCCCCCUCCUCUCCCAUGUUAUCUGGUGCUUUGCAGAACCAGACUAUUCAGCAGGCUUCAUUCUCAUCCCCCUUUGGAUCCGAACCAGCUCAAAUGAUGGGCAUGGGUGAAAUGGGAAUGCAAUCAGAAGGACCCUAUGCUCCUUCGUCCCCUGUGCUGUCUGCUGCAAUGCAAAACCAGGCCAUUUUGGAUGCAUCAUAUACUUCCUCACUGCAGAGACCGAUGUCCCCUUAUGAGCAGCCACUGGCACCAUCAUCUCCCAUUCUGUCUGGAGCUCUACAAAAUCAGGCUUUACAAGAUGCAUCCUAUGUGUCUCCUUUGCAAAGGCCAGGGUCACCUUAUGAACAACCUCUGCCACCUGCUUCUCCAAUGCUGUCCGGAGCCUUGCAAAACCAGGCACUGAGAGAAGCAUCCUACAUGUCUCCAAUUCAGAGACCUCAGUCUCCAUAUGCCCCGUCUGUACCCUCAUCGCCAAUGCUCUCUGGAGCCAUGAGACAUGGUCAGGCACUAAGAGGCGUGGCUUCUUAUAGGACUCCACAGUUACAAUCACCUUAUGGACCAACUGUUGUUACUCCAUACGAUUAUAUCUCUGAGCCUGGCCCAGCACCAUUGCUCCAUGAUGCGCUGCAAAGCAGAUCCGGUCUGCAGAAUGUUUCUGCUUUGAGAUCGCCUAUGAUGCAACGCCAUAAUCCUUAUGCACCAACAACGCCUCAGCUCAACUAUGCUCUUCAGCAGAACCCAAACCUUCGCCAAGCAUCCUAUCAAACAUCUAUGCAACUUAGACGGCCCUCACAUGGACCAGCUUCACCAGUGUUGGGAAGUGCAUUGCAAAACCCCCAGUUAAUGCAUGCAUCAUUCCGGCUGCCAGACGGGACCUUGGCAUCACCUUAUGCAGAUCCACGUUCUUCUCCAUUGCUUGGCCAUGCAAUGCAGAACCAGCAACUCCGCAGCGCCUCAUAUAUAUUGUCCGAUGGAUCCGUUAUCAAGGACCCUCGUGCACUUCAGAGGCCAAUGUCACCUAACCUUCAUGGAGCUCUUCAAAACCAGGAUCUCAAGGCUGCUUCAUACACACUCCGCGAUGGCACCUUUAUAGAUCCUAGACAGCAACAACCCAUUUCCCCAAACCUCAGCAAAGCCUUAAACAAUCCAGCCCUACGUAGAGCCUCUUACUCUCUACCCAAUGGGACCAUUGUGAUUGACUCCAAGGCACAAAAGUCUCCAGACCUUAAAGCAGCACUUCAGAACCCUUACCUAAAGAGUGCUUCUUACACCCUGACAGAUGGCACUAUCAUCAUAGAUCCGCGGAAACCUGUAUCUCCAAACCUGUCCAGUGCCCUCCAACACUCCUCACUACUGAAUGCCUCUUUCACCCUACCAGAUGGCGUUCGAGACCCCAAUACACCUAUAUCACCAAAUCUGGCUCAGGCUCUCAGUAACCCAGCCUUGAAAGGAGCUUCACUUACCCUCCCAAAUGGUACAGUUAUUGUGGACCCGAGGAAACCCAAGAGCCCAAACCUGGUAGCUGCCCUGCAGAAUCCCUAUCUAAUGGGUGUGUCCUACGCCCUGCCCGAUGGUACCAUCAUCAUUGACCCACGGAAACAAGUUGGCCCCAACCUAUCUAAAGCCCUUAUGAAUGAGAACCUUCGUGGUGCAUCAUAUCAUCUCCGCGAUGGUUCUCUGUUUAUCCCUGGCCAGAGGCCUUCCACUCCAAACCUGGCAGCUGCUCUUAGGCAAAACAAAGAACUUCGUUCUGCAAGUCUCUAUCAUCUCUCAGAAAACUCUGUAUUGUCAGGUGCACCCAAGCCCACCAGUCCCAACGUUUUCUCUGCACUCCAGACUGGUGAUCUGCGUGGUGUCAAUUUAAGGCUGCCGGAAGACUCACUUCUCACACGUCGGUUUCACAACCCAAGGUUGUCUGAUGUCAUCCAAAACCAGCAACUUCGUUAUGCCUCUUACAGUGUGCCAAUGGGACUACAAGGGGAGGACAAUCGCUAUGCUGUGAUACCUCCGUAUGGACCACGCUCCGGCCACUGGGCCAGAAAUGCUCAGGGAGGAGGUGAAGGUGGAGAGGAUGUUUGGGCAGCAGAGAGGGUUUUACCACAUGGGACACUCCAGAAUUUGUCGAAGUGGUCUAUGUACAGAGAAGAUGGGGUGUUGGAAGGAUAUUCACCAACUCCUCGGGUUGUGGAUGGAAAGAUUCAGGAUAUAGACUGGACCCCUGAUAGGAAAACAGUUCCAGGUCAAAGCUGGUAUGACAAGAUCUACUCUAUCAUAAGCAUGCCCACAACAAGCCACAGGGUUAAACGCUGGGCAGAGGGAAUGGAGGACUUGACACAGCUCCCUGAACUGAAUGAAACUACAAUUCUGAUGAACCUGAAGAAGCGCUUUGACCAAGAACUUAUAUACACUUACAUAGGCAGCAUCCUUGUGUCCGUGAACCCCUACAAGUUGCUCAACAUUUACGGCACAGACAUGGUGCUUCAGUAUGAAGGCCAUGGUCUUAGUGACAACCCUCCUCAUCUCUUUGCCAUUGCUAAUCUCUCAUAUACGACCAUGAUGGAUGCCAAAAAGGACCAAUGUAUUGUGAUCAGUGGAGAAAGUGGGUCAGGGAAGACUGAAGCCACAAAACUGAUCCUGCGUUAUCUGACAGCCAUACAUCACAAACGCAACGUCACACAACAGAUAGAGAUCCUAGAGGCCACACCCCUGCUGGAGUCUUUUGGGAAUGCCAAAACAGUGCGUAACGACAACUCUUCACGCUUUGGCAAAUACACACAGAUCUACAUGGAAGAGGGUGUAAUCAGCGGUGCCAUAACGUCUCAGUACCUGUUGGAGAAGUCCCGCAUUGUCUUUCAGGCCAAAUCCGAAAGGAAUUACCACAUCUUCUAUGAGAUGUUGGCAGGUCUUCCUCCAAAUGAAAAGCACGCACUGUACCUGCAGGAGGCUGAGACUUACUUCUAUCUAAAUCAGGGAGGGAAUUGUACCAUAGUUGGAAAGGAUGAUGGGGAGGACUUUAAGCGUUUGUUGAGUGCCAUGGACAUCCUGUGUUUCACCCCAGAGGAACUAAACGGUAUCUACAGACUUUUGUCCUCUGUCCUUCACCUGGGGAAUGUCUACUUCCAGCCACACAAGGCUGAGGGCCAAGAAGUUGCGUCGGUGGUGAGUGCACAGGAGAUCAGGGUGGUAGCUGAGCUGUUGCAGGUCUCACCUGAGAACUUGCAGAAAGCUGUCACCUUCAAAAUUACAGAUACAGUGAGGGAGAAGAUCUACACUCCAUUGACAGUGGAGAAUGCUGUGGAUGCCAGAGAUGCUGUUGCCAAGAUCCUGUAUUCGCUGCUGUUUAGUUGGCUGACAGAGCGCAUCAACGGCCGGGUCUACCCUCGCAACGAAGCCCUCUCCAUCUCCAUAUUAGAUAUAUAUGGAUUUGAGGAGCUACAGGUGAACAGUUUUGAGCAGCUGUGCAUCAACUACGCCAAUGAAACUUUGCAGUCCUACUUUAAUAGGAUCGUCUUCCAGGACGUGCAGGAAGAGUACAUGCGGGAGCAGAUCGAGUGGCAGCAGCAACCCUUCAGUAACAACCAGGGGUGUCUUGAUCUCAUUGCUUCAAAGCCUCAUGGGAUUCUGCGCAUACUGGAUGACCAAUGCGGUUUUCCCCAGGCAACAGACCACACCUUCCUUCAGAAGUGCCACUAUCACCAUGGAAACAACCCACUAUAUGCCAGGCCAAAGAUGCCAUUGCCAGAGUUCACCCUGAAACACUAUGCAGGGAAGGUCACCUAUCAGGUGCACAAAUUCUUGGAUAAGAACUUUGACAUAGUCCGCCAGGAUGUUCUGGACCUCUUCAUCCAGAGCAAGAACAAAAUGGUAUCGAGUCUCUUCUCAAAACACUCUGUAUCACAUCAGCGGUCUAACUUGCGGCGCAGCAGCACAGCUAGGCGUCAGCAAGCCAACACGGUCAGCGCCAAGUUUCAGACCAGCCUGCAGGAACUGCUGGACAAGAUGGAAAGGUGUAACCCUUAUUUUGUGCGAUGCAUCAAGCCAAACCAUCAUAAGGAGCCCGGAAUGUUUAACAUGGAGCUAGUCAACGCUCAGCUGCACUACUCUGGUAUCAUAGAAACCAUCCAUAUAAGGAAGGAAGGCUAUCCAAUCAGAAUGCACUUUCACAGCUUCCUGUCAAGGUACAAAGCACUUCUCUGCCUAAAAGAUCCACCACCAGCAGAUGGAGAAAAUUGUAUUGUCAUGCUCCACAAACUCUGUCCAGUCAAGAAGGGCUCAUACCAGGUGGGAGUCAGUAAGAUUUUUCUCAAAGAGGAUUUGUAUCAGCUGUUGGAGGGGAAGCGCGACCGUGUGCUGGACAUAGCUGCCAUGACGCUGCAGAGAUAUACCCGCAUGUGUUUUACCCGAAAGAACUUUAUCAAAUUCAAGCGCCAUGUGACCUUUUUUGAAGCUUGUAGCAAAGGCUACCUGGCCAGAAAAAAGUUUGCUCUGAGGAGGAAAUACCUUAUCAAGCUACGCUCUGCUGUGCUGCUAAUCGUCAACCGCCAGCGCUACAUGAGGACAGUGGUGGAGCCUGCAAGGAAGGCGGAGGAGGAUCGUAUCAAUCGAGAAGUUGUGAAUGUAACAACACUGCCUAUCCCAGCUGAGCUGGCUGGACUGCUACAGGCUGCUUCAGGUUGUGAAGAGCUGCAUUCUGACUGCUUGGCAGUGGUCCAGGCGCCAAAAGUUCAGGUGGACCCUCAGGUGACUUUGCCUCUGGAUGUCAACAACUACCUCAUGACACACUAUGUCCGGGCCAUAUUUAGGGAGCCGUUGUUUGGGAUGCUUACAGCUCCUCUGGAGAGUUCCCUGAUUCGUCUGGAUGAGGAGCUAAAACAAGGAGCCCUGAACGUUUUCAUUCUGAUACUCAGGUUUAUGGGUGACCCAGAUUUGAAUGGGGCUCAGGAAAAUCUGUUUGGGAAUUACAUCAUUCAGAGAGGACUUUCCAAUCCCAGCCUCAGAGACGAGAUACUGGUUGAGAUAGCCAAUCAGGUGUGGAGAAAUCCUAACAUCCUGAAUUCAGAACGAGGCUGGCUCCUCCUCUCCUCCUGUUUAUCUGCCUUCCGGCCCUCUCAAAGGCUGGCUAAAUACCUCCUGAAGUUUGUGUCAGACUAUGGCCCGGAUGGAUACAACUGUGUGUGUCAACACCAUCUGCUUCAGGCCUUGCGGCGGCUCAAUGUCGGACCAGAGUAUGUUCGGACAUAUCCACCCUGUCUACUUGAGUGGACCGCCAGUCGCAAGAGGGCUCACACUGUUCUGCACAUACACUGCUUUGAUGGUGUGUCCGUCCUGUGUCCAUUACAUUCAUGGACGACAGGAGAAGAGAUAGCCAAAGACAUCUUACAGCACAGAGGUGUGGUGGAAGGCCGACGAGGCUGGUCAGUGUUGCUGAAGGAACCGGCUCAGUGGGUGGAACUUGAAGGCUCUGACUAUGUUUUGGACUUAAUGUCAGACCUGGAGCUUCCUGCCGACUUCCCCAAACACAACAGCUACUUCAUCAUCUCUGCUCUGCAGCCAAGCAGAGUGCGACCCAAUGCCAGCAUAAGCCUCUUGGGCGGUGGGUUUGACAUGCAUGAUGAUGUAAUUUCUUCAUCCAUACCUGGUUCUGAUCGACUCAGUCAAGACUUGGAGCACCAGAAAGGGAUGGAUCGCUAUCUUGACAGCCUGUUUGACCCUGUGCUGUCUGAAGGAGCUGGAGAAGUAGAAUCAGCUGUGGGGCUGUCCAGCAGGAUGAAGGGGGGUGGGGGAGUUGGCAGGAAAUGGCAAGAGCAGGGGCAGUCCACUGGGCCUCCACCACCACCUGGAGCUGUAAGAGUACUUCCUGUGGGAGGUGUGAUGUUGCCACCUGUCGCUGCAGUGGCGCCUGUAACACCUGAUGCCCAACAGGCUGUUUUGGCUCAGCAGCAGCAGGCGAUUGUGAACCAACAGGCCAUCAUCAUGGCCCAGCAGAUGACCAUGCAAGCCAUGGCUAUAGUCAGCAGCCCAGUGUCAAGCCCCCCCACGUCCCCCAUAACAAGCCCUCCCAUGAGUCCAUUGCUCCAUCACCCUCCGAGCCCGUACGCCCCUCCGAGCUCAUAUGCUGUCAUACCUCCAAGUCCAUAUGCAAACAUCCCACCGAGCCCCUACGCCAACUUCACACCGACUCCGUACGCUGCAGCAGACACCCUGCCCAGCCCAUAUCCUUCUUCUGCUCAGCAGGCUCAAACUGCAUCACAGCCACAAACUCAGCUUCCUGCUGAGCCCCAGACUAAGCCCCGGGCCCAGCCUCAGCGCCAUGUGCGUCGACCUGACCCUCUGCUAAGCUCCACCAAAGCUGACAAAGCGGAGCGGACACAGCCUAAAGCUGGCCCUGGAACACAGGCUAAGUCAGAAAAAGACAGCGUAUCUCGGAAAAAUGCUCCGGGCAUUCCCAUAAACAAGGACCCAGCCAGGAAAUUUGCCCCAGUGGCAACGACUCUGCUGCCCCCUGCUGGAGAAGUGGUGAAGUAUUCAGACCAGACUGCAGAUCACGUCAUCCCCAGCCAAGAUAUCCAAGAGAUCAUCAAGAGGUACAACUCCCCCCCACCACCACCAGGCCUUCUACCGCCUGGCAAGAGGAAACCAGAUGGGAAGUUUAAGAAGAAGCAAACGCCUCGUGAUGAAGCAUUACAGAUCCUCAAACCUCAGAUGGACAACCCUCCUGCUCCACAACCUAAACGUCCCGUUGCACCUUCACCCUCUGCAUCUGCAAUGAAAGAAGCAGGGUUCAAACCCACCAAGAGCACAAAGGCAAAAGCAGCUGAUCGUCCCCUCCCCAUACCUCCUCCAGUUUCUCGAGAGCUUCCAGUAGAGAUGGAGACCAUCCAGACACAGCUUCAUCAAAGCACCAAUGAGGAGCACUACACCUACACCAAUGUACCCUGGAGACUCUAUCUAAGAAAGGAGGUAUUCUAUCCCAAAGACAGUUUCAACAAUCCUGUGGUGCUUGAUCUCAUUUUCAAACAGAUAGUGAAUGACACCCUGUCAGAGGCUUGUGUUCGCAUCACCCGGGAUGAAAGGCAGAAAAUGAAAGCCCUUUUUGCUAAGUAUGGCGUUGAGCAGAAUAUGGAUCCAGUGGAAGAGCAUGUGAAGAAAACAAUUGUGACAGCAGCCAGGGAAACCUGGGAAAUAUAUUUCUCCCGACUCUUCCCUGCAUCGGGCAGUGUAGGAACAGGUGUGCAGGUAUUGUCAGUGUCGCACAGCGGUAUUAAAUUGCUGAAGACUGUGAAAAGUAGCGCUGCAGCUCCAGACUACUUCAGAGUCCUACGACCCUACACUUAUGCGGACAUCCUAUUUGUAACCAUCCCAUCUGAGAACAUGUUAGAGUUCAAUCUGACCAAUGAGAAGCUGAUCCUGUUCUCUGCAAAGGCAUUGCAAGUCAAACAUCUCAUAGACACCUUCAUCAAUGAGAUCAAAAAGGACUCAGACUACGUAGUUGCAGAGCGUAACUUUGUGACCGAUGACCACUUGAUGCUCAGUUUCCAUAAAGGUGACAUCAUCAGGCUGCAAGUUAUGGAUGGGCUGGAGAAAGGUCACGGCUACGGUUGCGUGGUGAGGAAGAAAGUUGUGUUUUUGGAAGAGCUUAAAAGAGACACUCAAGACUUUGGCUGGAAGUUUGGUGCCGUAUUUGGGCGCUCUGGAGCAUUCCUGACCGAGUGCGUCCAUCCCGUUGCUCCUCCUGACUUCCUGACGCUGCCGUUGGACCGAAAGGCAGAGCCUCAAGGUGGAGCGGGACAGUUCGCCGUGUCAUCAGCUGUUGCUGUUGCUGUGGCUUCCACCAUGGCUGCACAUGAAAUAGACCAAACACUUGAGAGAGUUUCCCUUGAUGGCUUUUCUGAUGGAGAUCUGGAUGAGAGAGCCCUACAGGACAGUAAAUAUGAUAUGUUGGAGUUUGCCAAGAAGUUCUUCAGACAAGCACCCAGUGGGAAGGGAGAUUCCCUGAAGAGCAAAAGCAAGAACCGAGACUCGAGAGAGCCCACUGAAAUGAUCAAGUUCUCCAAGACUCCUCUGAGCGAAUCUCUGAUAGAGUUCACAGACCCAGCCAUGAACAGGGUUGCAGCUGAUCUCUUCCUUUCUAUCAUGCGCUUCAUGGGUGAUUCUGCACCAAGGGGGGUGGCAGAACAUGAAGUGGUCAGCACAUUCCUCAAGCUAAUAGGAGAGUUCACCUUAAUGAGGGAUGAAGCUUACUGCCAGCUCCUCAAACAGCUUACUGCCAACACCAGCUCCAAACCCGAUAGUUGCCAGCGAGGCUGGAGGUUGCUGUACAUCCUGACUGCAUUCCAUCGCUGCUCUGAAGUCCUCAAGCCCUUCCUGCUGAAAUACCUGCAGCAGGCUUCUCGCAGCGCAGGGCCGCAAUAUCAGGGCAUCGCUAAGGCGUGUGAACAGAAUCUAAAGAAGACGUUGCAGUAUGGUGGUCGCAUUGUUACACCAAACAGCAUGGAGCUGAAGGCUAUGAUGGCGGGUCGUAGUUCAAAACGUCAGCUGUUUCUCUUCCCUGGAGGCAUUGAACGUCACGUGAAGAUCAAAACAUGCUCCGUUGCCCUGGAGGUGAUAGAGGAGCUGUGUUAUGAGAUGGGUUUACACAGAAUGGAUGCCAUAGAAGAAUAUGCCGUAUUUUUAGUGACUAACAGAGGUCAAAAUGUGCGUCCUCUGAAUAAGCAUGAGUAUAUCCUGGAUGUAGCCACAGAGGCAGAGGUAGUCGACACCAACUACAGUCUGUGGUUUCGACGAGUCGUUUGGACUCAGCCGCUCAAGUUUGAGAAUGAACUCUGUGUCGCCAUGCAGUAUAACCAGAUCCUCCCGGACUAUCGAAAAGGUUUGUUGAAUGUUCUUCCACAUGGAAAAGUGAGUGAUCAACAGUUCCACCAAAUCUCCAAGCUGGCAGCCUUGCAGCACAGAGCCAAAGACAUCAUCUUCAUUCCUAGCAUACACGAAUUGUCGGAGUACAUCGCCACGCCUCUUUUCAAAAAGCAGCCGCCACAGCAGUGGGUUACCAUGGUGACACAGCACAUGCAGCAAAUACAGGCCCUGAACCCGCACCAGGCCAGAGCACAGUUUCUGGGGCUGGUCAGUGCAUUCCCCAUGUUCGGCUCCUCGUUUUUCUACAUCCACAGCAGCAGCUCCACCACCUUCUAUGCUCCCUGUAUUCUUGCAGUCAAUCAACAUGGUCUGCACUUCCUGCACAAAACUACUCAUGACUUGAUGGCAGUGGUCCCUCUAGUGGAGGUUCAGUCCAGCCGCACACAGAGGCCCACUGCUGGAACCAGUUACCCAUAUGUUGACCUCACUUUGGGAGACAUGAACACACAACGGGUCAUUCAGCUGCAGCUAGAGCAGGGCCUGGAGCUGUGUCGAGUCAUCGCAAUGCAGGUGGAAAACAUGAUGUCUGUGCGGGAGAAGAGGCUCACUCUGCCACCCAGUGAAAUCACAAUGUUGUAACACUAUGGAGAAACUCUUCUUUACUUUCAGGUGUUUGUUGGAUGUCACCCACAUACACUACCAUGUCAAGUGAGCACACCAUGAUGUCACUCCAAUAUUCUCUGGACUAUUUUUGUGCAUUUUCUGACAAACUGAAGCCCAGAAACCAUUCAUCUGGGCAUUUUUGUAUAUUUCUUGAAGGUUUGAUGGUUGCACUUAGUGCUUGGUGUUUAAUCUACACAGAAGCUGUUGAACACUAAGGAAGCAUCACAGUUUAUUCAACAUUGUCUUUGUAACUGAUUGCUACACUGUUUUGUUUUUUAUUAUUAUGUUAAUACUAUGGUUGACUGUAAAUCAUAAUGUAAACAAUAGUUGUAUUUAUUUUAUUUUUUUAAGGAAAGUUUUAUCAUAAUAAAAAAGCUUUUAUGGAGAAUUA